AUGCUUUGCCGUGAGACAGGCAAGGUGAUUCACAUCGAUUUUGGCGACUGCUUUGAGGUGGCCAUGCUGCGUGAGCGGUUCCCCGAGAAGGUGCCCUUCCGUUUGACGCGCAUGAUUGUCAAUGCUAUGGAAGUGACCGGAAUUGACGGUGUAUUUCGGUACACAUGUGAGCUGGUCAUCUCGUUGAUGCGUAGCAACCGCGAAAGUCUGUUGGCUGUUCUCGAGGCUUUCAUCCACGAUCCAUUGCUCCAAUGGGUGCUGUUAGAAAGCAAAAAGGACUUCACCACGUCCGUUACGCCUGCUCCUGCUGCUGCUGCACCCGCAGCAGCAGCAGCCCACCAUCCAUUAACAAAUGUAGGUGCUGCAUCCGGGACUGGUCAUCACCAUCACUCUAACCAGCACUAUCCGCGUACUCAUAAUCAACCUCAGCAUCCUCCUGCUGCAGGCCUACUGCCAACAGUUAACGAGGUCGCGGCUCCCGGACAACAGCACCAACAAACUCAAAAUAGCAGGAUUGCUCUCACAAAUGACUUGAAUGGAGCACCACUUGGAGCCGGAUUUCAGCGCACCUCUGCUCAGCUGGCUGCUAAAAGGCCAGGUGCUCCAGAGACUAGAGUAACACACCAGACCCAGCGCAUGCCAAACCAGGCACCCGGCCGUGUACCAGUUCAGCCCGUCCCCGACGGCCAACCAGCUUCCGUUGGCCCGGGGCUGACAAGUGGAGGUAACCCACCCGGUCUUGGUUCCCGUCUUGCUGGUGUUGGAACUAUUGCCGGUGGUCUUGGUGGGGCUUGCGUCAGGACUGGAACUGGAGGUGGGCAAGCAACUGAGGGGUCAGGUCUAGCAGGAGCAGCUGCCGGGCACAACAGGUCGACGGCAUCCAGCCAUUUGCCAGCGAGAUUACGAACUGCUGGGGUACUUCGUGUGUUCACUGAUGCCGGCCACCCGAAUAGCUUAUCGUUAAGGGACCCUCACAAAAUCAACCCUUGGCGGCACCAUCUCUGUAAUGGGCCUUGGCUAGGCUGCUACGAAACUGGUGAGGCCGCUGUGCACUAA